UCCAUAAUAAUACACUACACAGAAGGCUUGUUUUUAUAAUGGACAGUGCCGACCCCUCAAAUGGAGUUAAUAAAGACUCACCACCAAGAAGUUGAGCCGGGAGUGAAAGUGGAGCUGCAGCUUUUGGAGGCAGGUGACGAGUUUUGGCCUGCUACACACAAUUGCUUACCUGGAGUGAAAGGAAUCCUGCUGGUGUUUGACCUGGGUAGUAGAACAUCUUUCGAACAUGCUGAGUACCUGCACAGAGAGAUGUGCAGCAUGAAGCAUCUCGACACUGUGCUUUGCCAACAAGACUGGCAAGCACCAUACUUCGAGGUCUCGGCCAAAACUGGUCACAAUGUGGCCGAGAUUUUUGAGCUGUUGACCCGGCGGAUAUAUCAAGGCAUGCUGAGUGGAUAG